AUGAGCACCUCAAGCUGGGGCAAGUUCGUCUUGCUCCUGUGGAAAAACUGGAUCAUCACCAAGCGACACUACCUACAAACGUUCUUCGAAAUAGCCAUUCCCAUACUGGCCUGCAUUCUGCUGAUAGUGAUCCGCGGAUUGGUCGAUGCGGAGGAGUUUGACGAGCCGACCGUAUUUAACCCACUCGAGCUGGACACGAUUUCACACCUCAGGAACAAUCGAGAGAUAGAGCCCGCCAUCAUAUAUUCGAUCGCGUACUCACCCCAGAGUCCCUUGCUGCAAAGCAUUGUGCAAAGGUCGGUCUCCUAUCUGGAUGAAGCAUUGGAAGUGCUGCCCUUUGCUAAUGCUACAUCCAUGCAGGUCCAUCUGCAGGUGAACAACGUCUUGGUUGGGGUUGAAUUUCCCGACGCUUACGCAACCUUAUCGCAGCUACCGGAACAAACGAUACUAUCCCUGCGUUACCCGAGCGAGAUGCGAACGUUCCGCGAGACGGGGUCCGAGUUUUGGAACAACUGGCAGACGGAGCGUAUGUUUCCGACCUUUCAAGUCCCGGGUGCCCGUCAGUAUGAGCGUGACGACGGUGGAUAUCCCGCGAACUACUACAACGAAACGUUCCUGCAAAUCCAGAGUGCCAUUUCUCGGUCCAUCGUGCAGGAGCGCGAUCCCGGCUAUCAGUUUCCCGAUGUCUACCUGAGCCGCUAUCCGUAUCCACCGUUCUACAGCGAUGUGCUGCUGACCGGGUUGGAAAACUUGCUUCCGCUGAUCAUUGUGAUCGCGUUCUUCUACACCUGCAUCAACACGGUGAAGUACAUCACGGUCGAGAAGGAGAAGCAGCUGAAGGAAACGAUGAAAAUUAUGGGCCUCUCGAGCUGGCUGCACUGGUCCGCCUGGUUCGUCAAGUGCAUCAUACUGCUCAUUAUUUCGAUCUCCCUCAUCACGGUACUGCUGUGCGUUAGCAUCACAACCAACACCGAGCUGGCCAUAUUUACCUUCGCCAACUGGUUCGCCAUCUGGUUCUACCUGUUCAUGUACAGCCUUGCCACCAUCACGUUCUGCUUCAUGAUGAGCACCUUCUUCUCGAAGGCCAACACGGCGUCCGGCAUUGCCGGGCUGAUGUGGUUCGUGUUUGUGAUGCCGUACAACAUUGCGUUCUCGAACUACGACACGAUGUCACUGUCGGCGAAGUUGGCACUCUGUCUGUUCCACAACUCGGCCAUGUCGUUCGGUUUUAUGCUGAUCAUGCGCCACGAAGGUACGACCAACGGGUUGCAGUGGUCCAACAUGUUCGAUCCGGUCACGGUGGACGAUGAUCUGAGCGUUGGCGCGACCAUGAUGAUGCUGCUGGCCGAUACGGUGAUCUACCUCGUGGUCGCGCUCUACGUCGAGAAGGUGUUCCCCGGUGAGUACGGUGUGGCCGAACCGUGGUACUUCCCGGUGACGAAAAAGUUUUGGACAAACAAGGUCACGCCGGUGGAGAGUGAUGCGGAGGGCGCCCAGCAGUCCGAUGCGGGUUCCAACAGUGUAGAGCCAGAGCCGGUCGGGAAGCAUGCGGGCAUACGUAUCAAGGGUUUGCGGAAGGUGUUCAACAAGACGAAGGUCGCCGUGAAAGGGCUGCAUUUGAGCAUGUUCGAGGAUCAGAUAACGGUGCUGCUGGGACACAACGGUGCCGGCAAAACGACCACCAUGUCGAUGCUGACCGGUGUCUUCUCGCCCACGUCCGGUACGGCGCUCAUCAACGAUUGUGACAUCCGGACGAACAUAGAGGGGGCACGCACAUCGCUCGGACUCUGCCCGCAGCAUAACGUACUCUUCAACGAGAUGACCGUUUCGGAGCACAUCAAGUUCUUCGCCCGGUUGAAGGGUGUCGAGAGGAAAAAAAUACCGCAGGAAAUUGAUCAUUACGUGUCGGUGCUGCAGCUGGAGGAUAAGCGGCACUCCCAGAGUCACACACUGUCCGGUGGUAUGAAGCGGAAGCUGGCCGUCGGCGUUGCACUGUGCGGUGGGUCGAAGGUGGUGUUCUGCGAUGAGCCCACCUCUGGCAUGGAUCCGACCGCACGGCGCGCACUGUGGGAUCUGCUGAUACAGGAGAAACGAGGCCGAACCAUUCUGCUGUCCACGCACUUCAUGGAUGAGGCGGAUAUACUGGGCGAUCGUAUCGCAAUCAUGGCGGAUGGCGAACUGAAAGCGGCCGGUUCUUCGUUCUUUUUGAAGAAACGGUUCGGUGUCGGUUAUCGGUUGAUUUGCGUGAAGGACGAUCAGUGCGAUUCGAAGCGUGUUACUGCCCUGAUGGGAAAGCACAUUCCCAACAUACAGGUGGACACGGACAUCGGUACGGAGUUGUCGUACGUGCUGGACGACAACUACACGGCCCUGUUUCAACCACUGUUGCAGGAUCUGGAGAGUCAUUCCACCUCGCUGGGGGUUAGCAGCUACGGCAUAUCGUUAACGACGCUGGAAGAGGUGUUUCUGCGCGUUGGCAGCGAUUCCCAUAUGCUGGACAAAAAGCCAACCGACGAAUCGGAUGCCGCUCGUCCCUAUGCCUUGGAACCCUCGAACGGAUCCACUGUCACACUAGCGCUAGAACAGGAUCAGAAGCUGCUCACUGGGUUUCCGCUGCUCUCCAACCAACUGCUGGCCAUGCUGCUCAAGAAGGCGAUCGCGACCAAGCGCAGCUGGAUCGCGCUGCUCGUACAGAUCUUUAUACCGAUCUUCUUCGUGAUCAUGACCGUCGUGAUAGUGCGCUCGUUUCCCGACUCUCUCGCCAUGCCUCCACUGACGAUUGAUUUCGACAGUUACACCACUACCGUCACGGUGCUCGAAGGCACGGCAGCCGAUACGGGCGUGAUACAGGCGUACCAGCAGCUGUUCGAAGGAACCGGAUCAAGUCGGUCGCUGCUGACGAUCACGGAACCGAUGGUGGACUACAUCCUGCGGCGAUACGGACAGAAUUUGCCGCAAGUGAAUAAUGAGUUCAUGGUGGGUGCAUCUAUCACACCGACGAAUCACACCGUAUGGUUUAACGCGCAAGGAUACCACACGGCACCGCUGGCAGUGAACACGUUCUACAACGCAAUGUUGCGGACGGUCUGUUCCCAGUGUUCGAUACUGAUCACAAACCAUCCACUACCGUUCCGUCCGGAGACUAGGUUCACACAACUGCAGGCAGGUAACAACAUGGGCUUCCAGCUUGCGUUUAACACGGGCUUUGCAAUGGCAUUCGUGGCUGCCCUCUACAUCAUGUUCUACAUCAAGGAGCGUGUGACCCGGUCGAAGCUGUUGCAGUUCGUUAGCGGUGCCAACGUGCUCGGGUUCUGGCUGGUAUCGUUCCUUUGGGAUUUUAUGACGUUCUUUGUGACGGUUAUGUUUUACGUUGCCGUGCUGGCUGCUUUCCAAGAGGACGGAUGGUCAACUGGGGAUGAGAUUGGGCGCGUAAUUCUCGUAAUGGUCGUGUUUGGAUUUGCCUUCCUGCCCCUGACAUAUCUCUUCUCGUUUGCCUUCGAUAUACCGGCGAGCGGUUUCGUCAAGGUGAUGAUCCUGAACAUCUUUACCGGUACGAUCUUCUUCAUGACCGUGUUUUUGCUGCUGUUCGAUGGGUUUGAUCUGCGCAACGUUGCCGAGGGCAUGGAAUGGGCCUUCCUGAUAUUCCCACUGUUUGCGCUUAGCCAUUCGCUGAGCAACAUGAACAUUGCGGCUGCCACACAGCAGGUGUGCGAUACACAGUGUGGGCUAAUACCGAACUGUACCCAGCAGCUGCUGUGUCAACUAUUUCCUCAGUGCUGCAAUACGGAAAUCUUUACCUUCGAGCGCACCGGCAUCAGCCGCAACCUGAUGUACCUGUUCGUGGUGGGUUUGGUUUCGUUCCUGUUGCUCAUGUGCAUCGAGUACCGCGUAGUUGAUCGUGUAUUCAGACGCAAAACCAAACAGGCGGCACCACCGACCGACGCGGACGACAUCGACUCGGACGUGCGCAUGGAGAAGCUGCGUGUCCGCGGCCUGACGGAGGGCGAAAUCGCUGCCAACAAUCUUGUCCUGCGGGACGUGACCAAGUACUACAAGAAAUUCCUCGCCGUCAAUCAGCUUUCGCUGGCGGUGGAACAUUCGCAGUGCUUCGGUUUGCUGGGCGUGAACGGGGCCGGUAAGACGACCACCUUCAAGAUGAUGACCGGCGACGAAAGCAUUUCGUUCGGCGAAGCAUGGGUCAACGGGGUGAGCUUGAAGAGCAACAUGAACGAGGUGCACCGCCGGAUCGGUUACUGUCCACAGUUCGAUGCACUGAUCGAUGAUUUAACAGGCCGUGAGACGUUAAGAAUUUUUGCCCUGCUGCGCGGAAUUCCGAAGCCGGAAAUAGCGGCACUGUCGAACCGAUUGGCGGAAGAGUUGAACUUCGCCAAGCACAUCGACAAGCAGACGAAGGCGUACAGUGGGGGUAAUAAGCGAAAGCUAAGUACGGCUCUGGCCCUGAUGGGAAAUCCUGCCGUCGUGUAUCUGGACGAACCGACCACCGGCAUGGAUCCGGGGGCACGCCGACAAUUGUGGGAUGUCGUGUGCAAAGAGCGUACAGCUGGAAAAGCGAUCGUCCUAACCUCGCACAGCAUGGAAGAAUGUGAGGCACUAUGCACCCGGUUGGCGAUCAUGGUGAACGGCGAGUUUAAGUGUCUCGGUUCAACACAACACUUGAAGAAUAAGUUCUCCAACGGGUACUUCCUCACUAUAAAGUUGAAGCGCACCGAGGAAGCCAACCAAGGACGAAUCGAGGAAGUAAAGCAGUACAUCCAGCAACGGUUCCCAGAGGCAGAAUUGAAGGAAGAGUAUCUCGAAUCGGUGACGUACCAGAUUCCGUCAGCCAACACACGCUGGUCGACCAUGUUCGGCAUCAUGGAGGACGCCAAGAAGGUGUUAGAUAUCGAGGACUAUGCAUUGGGCCAGACGUCACUCGAACAGGUGUUCCUAUUCUUCACGAAAUUCCAACGGGUAGAAGAUUAG